AUGUACUUCCCAAUCAUUACAUUCCUCACCCUCAUCGCCACCUGCAGCGCCGGCAGUGCCCCCCCUGGUACCUGGGGUAAAAACCCAGAUAUCCCAGACACCCUCACCGUCGGCGACAUCCACAACCGCUGCGACUUCGGACUUUCCGCAUCGUGCUGUGUAGACGGUGCCUUUGAGAAAAUUAUCGAAAAUGCCUGUUACCCGCUAACGGAGCCAGAACUUAAAAAAUUCAAAUUCCUUGAUGUCUGCUUUGGUGUUCCGGCUUGCUGUACUACAGCUAUGUUUGAACGGAAAGAUGUCCCGAACACUUCCGGAGGCUGUGAGGAAAUGACAAUUAUGACCGAAGCUACUACUCCGGAUAGCCCAUUCCAAGCCUUAAAAGCUGCUGCGCUAGCUAAAGGUUCAAACUAA